UUUUUUUUAAUACCCACUGGAUUGAAGUAUGUUGAGAAAGUUAUUAAUAACAAAAGAUUAAAGCUUACUGUCAAAUCACAGAAUAAUUUUAUUCAUUAAUCUUACACAAAGUAUUAAAAAAGUUAAACUUACUAAUAGUUUUUGAUCAUAAAAUUGAAAUUCUAAAUACUUUAAAUGUCGGCUGUAAAUGAAAAUGACUGGAAAGCAGACGACAAUGAGGACGUUCGUCACAGUUUAGAACUAAAUUAUGGACUGGCUAUUAAAUUUCCAAAGAUUGUUAACGGUAAAAUUAACACCACUAAUUUUUUGGCAGCCUCUCAAGCCGUUGUACAAGUUCUAGAUAAAUUUGGUAAAGUCUUUGCUCCGAUCAAGUACGAUAUGCAAAUGAACAUCGAGAAAAUUCUCACUAAAUACAUAGCGAAUAAAGAAGAACACUUAACACUACAAGAUUUACUAUUAUCGGAGCGAGCAUCUGGAAAAAAAACAGUCGUUGUCGAUGCUUUGAUUUGGUUGACUAGAGGGCUGAAGAUGAUUCAUUUGUUUGUCGAUAGAGUAGUAGAAAAUGCAAGAGCAGUUCCACCCAAAACGGGUACCGAAGCUGAAGAUCUUGUUGCCAACAUAAAAAAUUCUUACAAAGAAUCAUUGGAGCCUUAUCAUGGCUGGAUGGCUCAGCAAUUAUUCGGAUUAUUAACGAAAAUGGCACCGACCAAGAGCCAAUUGUUGCUGUCUCUCGCUAACAAUCUACCGAACCAAGAAGCCGUCACAUUGAAUGCCCUGGAAAAUUUGAGCAAAGGCUUAAAAGAUAAUUUGGUUGCUUUGAAUUAUUUUUUUCGUGAAAAUCGCUUUGCUUAGCUAAAAAUAAUAAUCAAGAUUUUUUAAUAAAAAAAAAAAAAAUUAAUACUAAACUUACGUUAGAG